AUGUGUGACAGAGACUCAAGUUCGGGAUGCUUCUUCAUAUCGAGAAAGGGCCGUGAUCGAGCUCAAGACUUGGCCACAACAUCCAGACAUGGCCAACAGCCAUUGCCCGCUGGGACAAAAACUAAAGAUGCACUGCCAGUGGUCUUACAGAGUGAUUUUCGAAAAUUAAGUGGAAUUAGUAAAGAAGAUUUUCGAUUAAUCGACACCAUUGAAAAUGAGUAUGAUGCAACUACAGCAGCGGCACUUGAUGCAGUACAACGUAGAGGUGAAAUGGUUGUCCGAAUACUGGACCCGAGAAUUCACCUCACUAAAACUGCUACAGAUGCGGCUAAAAAAUUUCUCAUGCUUCAAGAUUCUAACCAUAUAGUGAAUCUAGUUGAGAUAAUAAAGAGACCUGGACAGACUUUAGGGUUGUACAUCCGGGAAGGUAACGGUAUAAAUCGUCACGAUGGUCUAUUCAUUUCUAGAUUAGCUAUAGAGUCGGCAGUAUAUAAUAGUGGAUGCAUACAGGUUGGCGAUGAAGUAUUAGCUGUAAACCUAGUUGACGUUACAAGAAAAGCCGUAGACGAGGUUGUGAUAAUUAUGUCAAUACCUAGACGACUGGUAUUAGCUUUAAGACAAACAAGAGGUAUUCAUCGAGCUUCAGUCAAUGCUUCAUUGGCUUCUGCCAUGCCUAGUCAUCAACCUCCCGUUGUUGUGAUUAAAAAGGAUCUUAGUAGAGAAUCAGAUGACCAACAUGAUGAUGACGAUGAUGAUAUGCAUAUGAAAUCAUAUAUGACUACAGGUAGAGUAAAUCAAAGAAAUAAAGAAAACAUGCACGAACAACGACGAAGAGAAUCUAGAGGAAGAUCACAAUCUCAACUUGCCUUGGAUUCAAAUGGCGAUAUUUCUGGAGAUCUCUACUACAAUUCACGACCUCCGGAAUCAAGAAGACAAGCAUCUACGUUGGAUCGUCGUAAUAAUUGGUCGUAUCAGCCUCCUCAUCCUCCAGUUUCUAAUGAACAACCCAAACCUCAGCAUUUUCAGCCAUUCGAUAAAGCAUAUCCUAAAACUUUAGAAUCAUUAGCCGAAAAGGUACAUCCAUUUUGUCCAGGUGGACAAUCCUCCACUGGCAGAAGAAUGUCAGCAACAACUACACAGCAACAAUAUCGCCGUAAUAAUAUUCCAAGAUCUGGUUCAGAUCAGUAUCUACCUAGAUCUGAGUAUGAUUAUGGAAACAGACCAUAUCGACAAUCGCAAACGCUAAUGAGAUCCGGACUUAGAAGUAGUGCUGGCGCUGGAUCCGGUACACGUUUAGUUUCACAAUACUCGCAAGGUUCGUCUAGAACAUUACCAAGACACCUAGAUUAUGCAUCAGACACCGAAGCAACCAAAGUAACGUCAACAUCUCCAUAUUACUAUAGAGGUUCUUCGCAAAUAUCAGGUGUUUCAAAUAUGUCGAGAUUGCAGGGCAGUUCCACAAUAUCUAGAAGUAAUUCUUUAAGAUCAAAUUCACUUCCAAGAGAUAUUCGUACCCCACGAACCCCACUUUCAUCUCUUAACACGAGCUUGAGAGGUAGUUUGAGGCGAUACAAUACACAGGACAAUCCUAAAAUAUCAUCUUCUCUGUUAAGUGAUCAUGAAGAUAGUGACGGUAAUCUUAGUGCUCCCGAGUUUCAAAUGAGGCGCAAAAAUCGAUUAGUUAGCUCUCCUAGUGUAUUUACAGCUGAUGAAUACAGAGCAUGGAUGAGUAGAGCACCAUCGACUAGUGCUAUUUAUGAUCGUAUACGUAACGUUUGCGAUCCAUCAUUAAAACAACAAAAAGUACAAAGAUUCACAUUUAGCGCUGAAAACCUACCAGAAAGAACUAGGCAUUCGGAAUUGAUGAGUUAUUCCGGAACUAAUGCAGAUUUAAGACCAUUUAGAGGUCUUGGAUCUCCAGCAUUACCUUCAGCAACAACAUCGACAUUAGACAGACAUACUAGAACGUCGUCAUUAAGAAGAAUUCGACAUCUUUUAGAACUUGAAGCUAAACAUUUAGGUCGACGUAGUCCAUCGUCCACUUCAGAUUUACAAGCCGAUAGAGCUAGAGUAUUGGAAAUUAAUCCAGCUGAGUUCUUAAAAUAUAAGUUUGAAAAAACUACAAUAGACAAUGCCCCGCCUAUAAGUGGUUUAUUAUGGGUGCAUCUACUGGCUGGCAGAGGUCUCAGAGCGACUCCCACUACCGUAUUACCAGGUCAACCUACAAAUGUUAUGGCGGCCACUGGUAGUUCGAGAGACUUGUAUUGUGUUUUGGAGUGCGAUCGCGUGCACAAAGCCAGAACUGUGGUGCGCACUGGUGAUCUUGUAUUUGAUUGGGAUGAAACAUUCGAAUUAGAUCUACUAUCAAAUAAAGAAUUAGACUUUUUAAUAUACUCAUGGGACCAACAAUAUAGGCACAAGUUAUGCUACAAAGGAUCUGUACAUCUGGCGUCUUUAGUUAGAGAUAGUCCCGUACAUCAAUUAGCUUUAAAAAUUGAACCUCGGGGUACAUUAUAUUUAAGGUUAAGGCACACCGAUCCCUACCAGACUUUCAUCAGAAAAACUUUAAGAACUUCAACCACACUACCACCGAGAACGAAAACUGCUGGACUGUUUGGUAUUGAUCUCGAGUCAGUAGUCACUCGUGAAAGUGGCGCAAUUUCCAGUUCUUUAUCUUCAUUAGCACAAGCACCAGCCACAGCAUCCGUACCAGUUAUUGUUCGGAGGUGUAUUGAAGAGGUCGAACGUAGGGGCUUAGACAUUAUUGGCCUUUAUCGACUUUGUGGGUCCGCUUCUAAGAAACGGAUUCUUCGAGAAGCUUUCGAACGUAAUCCGAGAACUGUGGAUUUAUCGCCGGACAAUGUGCCUGAUAUUAACGUAAUCACAGGUGUCUUAAAAGACUAUUUGAGAGAACUUCCCGAACCACUCUUCACUCGUUGUCUAUACCAAAUGCUUCUUGAUGCACUGACGGUAUUGUUGCCAGACGAUCCACAGGCCAACGCCAAAUUGAUGUUAUCGAUUUUAGAUUGCCUGCCAAAAUUGAAUAGAGCUACGUUGACAUAUAUUAUGGACCAUCUGGCACUUGUCGUGUCGCAAUCCCCGAGAAACAAGAUGUCAGCACAAAAUUUGUCUAUAUGUCUAGCUCCUGUAUUAAUGGUCCAAAGCGAGGCGAAAGAAAAACCUAUCGAUUUCCAACAGCCCGUGAACGUGUUACGAUAUUUAUUAGAGAUUUGGCCACCUAAAUCAGUUCGGGAGUGUUUGCCGCCGUCGGUCGUCAACGGCGUUACUCGGCCCCCGCCGCUGCCCGCGAAGCCAUCCUGCGUGCCCGCUGUGCCAACAAGGCGCGCCCCGCCGCCCGUAAUUGUAGCGUCGCCGACCAGUGACACGGCCACGUCUGACGAGGACGACGACGACAAUGGCCACGGCCACGGCCACGACGGGACGGCCAUCGAACCGCCACAGAUACCGGCCAGGUCUAACGCGCACCGGCUGACCAAGGUGGCGGCGCCGGAGCCCGACGAGAACGCAGCAGAGACACCCAGCUCGUCCACCGGCACAGAAGACUCGCAGCGUGACGUGGCCGAGCGCGCCGCUGAGGCGGAUGAAGAGAGUUGUGGCGAAGAACAACUGGAACGGAGACCACGAGGACUGCAGAAUGCCAACACCGCCAUCAAGCACAACGCUAAUAAUAAUAAUAAUAGUAAUAAUAGUAAUAAUAAUAAUAACCGCCAAUAA